UGUCAGUGCUAUCAGCUGUUGAGGGUCUGGCACGAAGCCACCGCACUGUCCGAGCACAGCCUCUCCUCCUCCGGUCAGACAUGCGAAUCCGUACGGAAAGCGGAAAAUAUGCUUGCAGCACUUAGGAAAAGUAGCCUACAACUCUCCGCCGCACGCUCCGUCAGCGCAGCUCUGAAUGAAUCGCGUGUCUCGCGCACAGCUCUCGUUACUGGAACGGUUCAGCUCCUGGAGGAUGAGAGUGAACGGUCGCGGUACUUUGCAAACGAGUGCUGCCGGUAAACGGUCAGCUUGACUGAGGUUGUUUUUGCUGGAAUCUCCGAGCGUCACUACCGCAGCUUUAUCUACAUGUUGGGGCUUUCACAUCAACGCGGCAUUUCUCUUUAAAAGGGUACCGGAGAACAGGAAAAAAAUACCUCACUGGGAACAUGGGCCAAUCUGGGACUUCAUCCUAUUUUUCUCUCGCGCUAAAACUCAGCAUCUUCCUGUUAGUUUUCUCCUACGAGCUCAUGCCAGCCACUGCAGGCAGCUCCAAAUCAAGCUUAGAUGUAGAUGCUUCUCCUAACAAAAACACUUCACACGAGACAUGUGGUGGUAGUUUUGAGUGCAAAGAGGGAGUGAUCUUGCCAAUUUGGACGCCGGAGAACCCUUCCUUUGGGGAUAAGCUGGCCAGAGCCACUGUGUACUUUGUCGGUAUGUUCUACAUGUUCCUAGGGGUAUCCAUCAUUGCAGACCGCUUUAUGGCUUCCAUUGAGGUCAUCACAUCCCAGGAGAAAGAGAUCACCAUCAAGAAACCUAAUGGGGAAACCACAACCACUACUGUUCGUGUUUGGAAUGAAACUGUCUCGAAUCUUACUCUCAUGGCUCUGGGUUCCUCAGCUCCAGAGAUUCUGCUCUCUGUGGUUGAAGUGUGUGGGCACAACUUUGACGCAGGCGAGCUGGGUCCCAACACCAUUGUUGGAAGUGCAGCCUUUAAUAUGUUUGUCAUCAUCGGUCUCUGUGUCUCUGUGAUACCAGAAGGAGAGCAUCGGAAGGUCAAGCACCUGCGGGUGUUCUUCGUCACCGCCACUUGGAGUAUAUUUGCAUAUACGUGGCUUUAUCUGAUCUUGGCUGUGAUUUCCCCAGGUAUCGUGGAAGUCUGGGAAGGACUUCUUACUCUUUUCUUCUUUCCGAUUUGUGUGCUAUUUGCUUGGGUCGCAGACCGCAGACUUUUAUUCUACAAGUACGUGUAUAAACGUUACAGAGUCGGAAAACAAAGAGGAAUGAUCAUCGAGACUGAAGGUGAGCCGGAGCACCAGUCAAAGGCAGAUAUCGAAAUGGCCGGCGGGAUGCUGAACUCUCACAACGAGGAAUUCUUAGAUGGCACGGUGGAUACUGAAGAUAAAGAUAUGGAUGAGGAUGAGGCCAGAAGAGAAAUGGCCAGGAUUUUAAAGGAACUAAAACAGAAACAUCCAGAGAAAGAGAUGGAGCAGCUGAUUGAGCUUGCCAACUACCACGUCCUCAGCCAGCAACAGAAGAGUCGUGCAUUCUAUCGCUGCCAGGCCACUAGACUUAUGACUGGUGCGGGUAACAUACUAAAAAAGCAUGCUGCAGACCAAGCCAGAAAAGCACUAGGCAACCAUGAACUUCGAUCAGAAGUCUCCGAUAAUGAUAUUUCUUCCAAGAUCUUCUUUGAUCCUGGCACAUAUCAGUGUCUCGAGAACUGCGGAACUGUGGCUUUGAAUGUGGUACGGCGCGGCGGUGACUUAACUAGCACCGUGUCGGUGGAGUACCGCACUGAGGACGGCACUGCCAAUGCAGGUUCUGAUUACCAGUUCACCGAGGGUGUUAUAGUCUUCAAACCAGGUGAGACCGAAAAGGAGAUAAGAGUGGACAUCAUUGACGAUGACAUUUUUGAAGAAGAUGAGCACUUCCUGGUUCAUAUUAGCAACGUCAAGGUCAUUUCUGAAGGAACUGACAAUGGGAACCCAGGUGCCAAUCAUGUGGACACACUAGCUAGCCUUGGUCUUCCUUCAACAGCUGUCGUGACCAUCUUUGAUGAUGACCAUGCUGGCAUCUUCACAUUUGAGGAACCAGUGGUUCAUGUCAGUGAAAGCAUUGGCAUGAUGGAGGUGAAGGUGGCACGUACCUCUGGAGCCCGUGGAGUAGUGGUAAUCCCUUAUAAAACCAUUGAAGGCACAGCAAAAGGUGGAGGAGAGGACUUUGAAGACACCCAUGGAGUCUUGGAGUUCCAGAAUGAUGAGAUUUCCAAAACUAUUCAGAUCAAUGUAAUCGAUGACGAGGAGUAUGAAAAGAAUAAGAACUUCUUCCUGGAGAUUGGAGAGCCACAAAUGGUGGAAAUGAGUGAGAGAAAAGCUAUGUUGCUGCAUGAGUGUGGUGGAUUCGUGAAGACAGAUAAGACGCUUUAUGGCAGGGAUGUGUACCGGAAAGUGCAGGGUAGAGACAAACCAAUCCCCUCCACCAUUAUCAGCAUCACAGAGGACGGGGAAGAAGAGACCCUGACUAAAAAAGAGAAGGAUGAAAGGCGUAUUGCCGAAAUGGGUCGCCCGACACUGGGUGAACAUGUGAAACUUGAAGUAAUCAUUGAGGAGUCCUAUGAGUUUAAGAGCACAGUUGACAAACUCAUAAAGAAAACCAACUUGGCCCUUUUGGUUGGUACUAACAGCUGGAGAGACCAGUUUGUAGAAGCCAUCACUGUCAGCUCAGGAGAAGAUGAUGAUGAGUGUGGGGAAGAAAAGAUGCCAUCUUGCUUCGACUACGUCAUGCACUUCCUGACCGUGUUCUGGAAGGUUCUGUUUGCGUUCGUGCCGCCCACUGAUUACUGGAACGGCUGGGCGUGUUUCAUCGUGUCAAUCAUCAUGAUUGGCGUCCUCACCGCGUUCAUUGGAGACCUAGCGUCCCAUUUUGGAUGCACUAUUGGCCUGAAAGACUCUGUAACUGCGGUUGUGUUUGUGGCGCUGGGAACCUCUGUGCCAGACACAUUCGCUAGCAAAGUGGCAGCCAUCCAGGAUCAGUACGCUGACGCCUCCAUCGGCAAUGUGACGGGCAGCAAUGCUGUGAACGUCUUUCUGGGCAUCGGAGUGGCUUGGUCCAUCGCUGCCAUAUUUCACCAAUCAAAAGGCCAGUACUUCCGCGUGGACCCCGGCACGCUGGCGUUCUCCGUCACCCUCUUCACCAUCUUUGCCUUCAUUUGUAUCGCAGUCCUCAUGUACCGCCGCCGGCCCGAGAUCGGAGGAGAACUGGGUGGCCCGCAGAAUCCCAAGAUCCUCACCACAACACUGUUUUUCAGUCUCUGGCUCAUGUACAUCAUCUUCUCCUCCAUGGAGGCCUAUUGCAUCAUCAAGGGUUUCUAAAUAAGGCAGGAGAUGGAGCCUCAGACAGGAUGCCGUCUUUAAAAUCCUCGUAAAUAGGACUGACAGGAGAAAAGGGUUCAAAAAAACAGCCGGAUGUUGUCCAUUAUGUUUGAUGUUUUGUUUUUUUCUGCUGUUUUCAUUUUACAUAUUUUUACAGAUUUCAGGAAAAUAAGUUGUAUGGAAAUGUUAUGGAUUUGGUUGACUGAUGCCGGGCUAGGGAAAUCUGUGAUAUGACAAAACAGCAGAUUCGAUUUGAUUCAAGUGACAUAUAAAAUGACUUUUUUGACAACAUUUAGGUCCUCUGGUCACAUAGCACUUCAAAGAUCACUGUCGUUUUAAAUCUCAUUUAUAUACUUGAAACAUUUUGCAGUAGAGGAAUGUUUAGGAAGCAGAAAAAGUAGCGUAAAUGAACUCAGAAUCUGUGGUUAAAGAUGGAAAUAGUGCAUUUUUGAGCCUACAAACGGGUGUUUUUAAACAAACAAUUUUUUUUUUUUUUUUUCAGAUUUUAGGCCAUUAACGUGUAGAUUUGUGAGCAUUUUUAAGCUUUUAUUUGGGAUUUAACACAGUAUUCAGUGUUUUCAAGUAACCUGAAAAAAGUCCUGAGUUUAAGAGAAAAUGCUGUGCCACCUUCCAGCCUGUUUCCAAGGGACACUGACUCUUAGCUCAGCUCCACAGACGUCCUAUAGAAGACGCUUGCUGAGGACAGUCUAAAAUGAUAUCAAAUGUAUUGCAAUGUGUUUUGUGUGUUCGUUCGAACUUGUGUUAUUAUUAUUUUUUUUUUAAUAGACUCUGAGGUUUCCCCAUGUUUCUAGUUCAGGUACCAGUAGUUUCACAGUAGUACAUCCAAUCAGAUCCUAUGUUUAGGCAAAAAGACUUAUGAGAAGAUGUUUUGACGUUGUGCAAAAGCAAGUUCAGAAUCUAUCGUUUUUAUUCUUUUAUUACAACUAUAUGAGGAAUGCAUGUUAUCUCUCCUAUGUUUUUUUUUUUUGCGACUUCUUCCCUUUAUGAAGAAAAGACUGUAUUUUUGAAGAUUUCACAAAGAACAACAUGUAUGACAUAAAGACAACUGUGACACUGGCAAACUAAUCUUCUUGUAUAUAGUGUUCAGUCUUCAGAUAGAAAGUUCAGGAUGUUUCACUAUUUUUACCCAUUUGAGGACACGUUUUCUUCCCCCUCUAUUUUCACAAUCUUUUGGUCAGGACGUAUCAUUGUGCACACACGGGUGAUGACACUGUGUAUCUACUCCAGCACCAGUCACUCGGCCCCCAGCCUCAUUUACAGUACAUUUUACAUAUGCAUUCAAGUAGUUUUCCCUCGCUUGUGCGAGUGCUCAGUACAUGUAAGUUUCAUUUUGAUUAAUGUUAUCUGUAUGAUAAUACAAUCUUUUUAUUUAUAACGUUUCAACAA